GCGAGUUGACAUCUUCCGUCCUUUCAAAAGACUUCACGUCUCCUCCCUCCUCUCUCUCUACAGGGCAAGGACAAGGGGGUAAAGAUAGGGGUUCCCUUCCCUCCCCCCCUUUAACUGCUCUUCCAUUUCUCAUGUCUACAGAGACCAAGUUGAUGAAGAUGACGAUGGAUGGGUGAGAAAUUAUGGAUCCGUGAGAAAUUUUGAGUAGCCAUAAGGGGGUCGUCGUCUCUGCCAUUGAUUUCCUCUCCCAAUUGAUGGAACUCCCUGGGUGGCAGAGUCCAAGGAUCUCGCUCUCUUACUCCCUCAACAGCAACAACAACAGUGAUGGUUCUUCCCCGUCCAAGAACCACCGCCCUUGUGCGUCGCCAGAGUUCGAGUUUUGGAUGGUCAGAAACCCUGCUUGCCCGACUCCCCAUCUUCUCUCCGCCGACCAGUUGUUUGUCGACGGCGUCCUCCAACCCUUCAACCAUCUCCCAAAUCAGAACGAGGAUGCGGAAGCAGAAGCAGCAGCAGCAGCAGCAGCACAAGGAGUGGAAGAAGAAGAUGAUGGUGAUGAACUUGAGCCACGAUCAGAAACUGAAAGGGAAGCUGCGCCUUCGCCAGCAGCUGUAGCCGAAACGGCAACCCAACCUGAACCCGAGAAGCCCACUCUGUCCCCUGCUUCCACCUGCACUUCGUCCACCUCUGGAUCCAAGAGAUGGAAGGAUAUCUUCAGGAUGGGGGAGAAGAAGGACAAGGACAAGGACAAGAAGAAGGACAGGAAGAAGAGCAGCGCGGAGCUCAACAUCAACAUUUGGCCCUUCUCCCGCAGCCGCUCCGCGGGGACUAGCAGCGGCGGCCGGACGAGAGCAGCCGCCUCGGCAGGCCGGAAGGCAAGCAGUGCGCCUUGCUCGAGGAGUAAUUCCACUGGGGAGUCGAAGUCGAAGCUGCAGAUGGAGGUGGAGUGCCGGCCAUUGGGACUGCAACUUUCUCUAGACGAAAAUGGGAGAUGCAGCGGCGCCGGUGUAGGCAGGGGGAGGAGGUGGGCUAGCAGCCCCGGCAGGCCCGCCGGCGUCUACUUGGGCAGGAGCAGCCCCGUUAGGCCCGUCCGUCGCGUUGGUUCAGUCCCGAAGAAGAUUGAUAGGUGUACGCUUGGCUCCGAGAAGAAGCAACGUGGUGGUGUUGGUGCUAUGAGGGUGUUGAAUGUGAAUGUACCUCUCUGUAUGGGGUACGGGCAGCAUUCUGGCUGCAGCUCUGUGGAGGAGGGAAGUGGGGGUGGUAGAAUUGGCCGUGGCGGCAGCAGCCGCAACAACUGUGGCAGCACAACAACCACCACCACCACCGCCAGCAGCCACAGCAGCAAUCCCCUUUUCAACCUCAGAGCCAUUUUCUCCAAGAAAGUGUAUUAACAUUAUCUACCUCUUUCUCCAAAUAUUGAACUGUAUCUUACUCUGAACAAUGUUAUGGUGUUCUUCCUUCAACGAAUCUAUCUCCCUCUUCCUCUCU